GUUAGGACUAAAAAUCCAGAUUGAAUACAUUUUCCAUCCUGCAACCGGUUUCCCUGGAUAUACAUCUUGCCAGCAGUGCCACGUGCUCGCCACACACACUAGCACACACACACACUGCUAGACAGGGAUUUGCUCCUGCAUCCUGGAAUCGAUCUCAUCUCUGGAGGUGCCACUGCAGUCGUAAUGUUCUCGUUGCUCAUGUGUGAACAUGGAUGGUCUGGAGUUCGCCGUUGUGAUAUGGAACUUAUCAGUUUAACAGUGGAAUCCAUGAAGAAAGUCACCAGCAUGGAUUAAGGAUAUAUGAGGAGAUUUAGGCAUGUUGCACAGAAGCAUUGUCUGGAAUUUUUCCGGUUUUUGGGAGAGAAUGGACACAUCUUCAUCUUGACUUUUAGCAUUGAACUCUUUAUCUCUAGUGAUCUGAUUCUUAAUUUUCCGAAUUGAAAUGUCUAAAUGGAUGGAUCUUUUGUGAUUCUGAUGAGCAGUUUGCUUUGGCAAGUUUGCUUUUGUAUGUGAGCUCUUACACACUCCCGUGCCUGUUUAUGUGUGAUGUGGUCAGGGAGUCAGUUGCCGUUGGUGAUGCCCGCAGUGUGCCCUCGUCUAGGGGUUAAGGAAUGGUGCUUUCAGGAUGUGGUAGGGGUGGACUGCAGCUCACCAGAACCUCGUUGUAUCUGGGUGGCUGUGCUCCAUGGGGAAACACCACAAAUAAAAGUUUCGAUCCUCCAAACUGACACUUCUGAAAUCACAAACAGCACUAUCGGUGGGAAAGUCCUCCCGUUAACCUCACAGACCUGCAGGGCAAAGGGGCGGAGAGAUGGGAUCACUUCAUCCAGUGAGAACACUUGUCCAGUGGUCAAAGGCAGGACUGAUGGGUUGGGCGUGUCCUGGCAGGGCCCGCGUACACUGGUGCUCCACAAGAACUCUCAGGGCUUUGGUUUCACGCUACGCCAUUUCAUUGUUUACCCGCCAGAGUCAGCCCUGCACACCAGUCUCAAGGAUGAGGAGAAUGGGAAUGAAGAGGGGUUCCAUCAGAGUCGCCUGGAGCCCAUGGACACCAUCUUCGUUAAGAAUGUGAGGGAGAAAGGCCCCGCCCACCAGGCUGGUUUGUGUACAGGAGACAGGCUGGUUAAAGUUAAUGGAGAGAGUGUGCUGGGUAAGACAUACUCACAGGUUAUUGAACUGAUUCAGAACAGUGACAGUGUACUGGUGCUCUCAAUAAUGCCAAAGGAUGAGGACGUGCUGCAGCUGGCAUACUCCCAUGAUGCCUACCUUAGAGGGAACAAUCCAUACACAGGAAAGGCCUAUAAUCUUCCACCACCACCUCCUCUCCUCUACUCCCCACGUACAAAAUCACAGUCUCCUGUAGGGUAUUCCCCCUGCCCAGUCUCCUCACACAUGGGCCAAAACCAGCUGGACAACUGGAGCUGCUGGCCCGGCUCCUUCUCUGGUCCCUCUCCGCAACUUGACAACCGGACAAUCGCUUCCAGCCCUGUCUGGGCAAACAAAGGAAGGAACUGUGAACCAGUGGGUGUUGGUCACAGUAGCCCUGCACACCGAACUGAGGAGAUCCAGUAUGGAAUGACCGAUGGGGAAAAACAGCCAACCGGUCAAACUAGAGGACAUUCUUACUCAUCCUCUUCCUCCUCAGGAGGGAUGAUGAGCCCAAUUCAUCAUGCACAUUUGCCAAACCAAAAUAUGGGUACUGCCAUGGGCCAUGCUGGAGGACAAAAGGGGAGCCCACCAUGGGCUAGCCUUUCUCAGCCAACAUCAACACCCCCUUCCAGCCGCAGCGAACACACCCAACAAGCUCUUUCCAACUGGUACUACAGCCAAGUUCCAGGUCGUGAGCGAGAGCGGGAGCGAUCUAGUUGUCACUCCAUGUACCCACAACACAGGAGUUUCUCACAGGAUCGUCUAGGUGAGCUUGGGAGGGCGAGAUGUUCCCAACAAAAAGACUUCCCUCACAGCGUGUCACAAGACACAUUGUUGCUUUUGCAGCAGCAGAGCACUGCAGCACAUACUGACCCCCAUUGGAGCCGUGGAGACGGGAGAGCUGAGCAUGCAUAUGGACAGCACCCACCUGUAAUGGCCUAUGAGCGCAAAUCCUCAGAAAACCUCCUCGAAAGCCAGUACUGGCGCUCAGGAUAUUCAUUGGAAACUGUAGACCGAGCUGUGGGGGUACUCUCACCACGACUGGAUAGAUCCACAAAGGUCCAUCAUCCGCCAAACAUGACUGAAGGCUAUCCGAGGCGUGGUGGACAUUUUGCCGCUACGCAAGUCCAACACAUAGAAUUACCCCACCAAAGUCAUCACCACACACCCCAAUACCAUCAACAGACACCUGAAAACCUCAAACGUACAACACAACACAUGCACCAACACACAUCUCAGACAUCACAACCUCAACAGGCAGCUCCACAGACAAGACAUUUGCCCUCUUGCCAGACUCUAGAUGAAAAGCUGAUUGGCUACCGUAGCUACAGCCCCUCUUUUAAUCGCAAGACUGGCCGCCUACUGCAGCAAGCCCAGUCAUUUAGAGACCCCUCUUAUACAGGUCCACACCUUAGCUGGACCCCUACACCCAAGACCAGUCCUCCAGAAGGACUUCCCCCCUCAGGGACUACACCCUCCCUGGCCCCACCAACCACCUCCACUACAUCUGCCAUUUCCACACCCCCUGAAGGACAAGACAGAGCUUAUCGACCCACUAAUCAUGAUAGAGCGGCUGGGGGAGACACAGUUGAAGUCAUCUCUCAGACACAGGAAGUUGUUCUUAGGCAAAAGCCACCCACUGGCCGCAGGGGUGCGAACGCGCUCCGCCAUCCACAUUUCGCCAUAGCCCUUGACUCCAGUGACCCUCUACUCUUUACCUAUGACCCUACUGACCCCCCUGCCAAAGAUGAUUGUGCUGUUUCACAUCGUUGCACGAAUGGUAACCUACCACCACUGACCAUAGACAAUGACUCUCUUGCUUCAAUUCCAUUCAUUGAUGAACCGACCAGUCCAAGUGCAGAUUUGCAGGCGUGUCAUGUCCCCGCCUCCUCCAUCGUGUCCAGUGGUGGUCUUAAGUCUGCCCCUGCAGUGGCCACAAGCCCCACCUCUCCAACCUUCACCUUUCCCUUCAAACACCUUUUCUCCCACGACUGCAAUGAUGCCAAGUCUAAUCGUCGUUCCUCUUAUCUGUUGGCCAUCACCACUGAACGCUCCAAGUCAUGCGAUGAGGGUCUUAAUGCAUAUAGAGAAGAGGGGCGAGUCUUGAGGCUUCCAAAAAGAGUCAAGAGUUUCUUUACUGAAGGGUCUCUGGACAGUCUGGGUGCAGCUGAGGAGGCCCGCACUAAACGACACUCUACCUCUGAGCUGGGUAGCAUCAGCUAUUGUGACGUGAAAAGAGAAGGCUGGCUCCACUUUAAACAGAUCCACACGGAGAAGGGCAAGAAAGUGGGUAGUGCCAUUUGGCCUUGGAGAAGAGUCUUCUCAGUGCUUCAGUCCCAUUCACUCUUCCUUUACAAAGACAAGCGAGCGGCAGUGCUGGGAGGUGGGGCUGAGGACGAGCAGCCAAUCAGUAUCCGGGGUUGCCUUGUGGACAUAGCGUACAGCGAAACGAAGCGCAAGAACGCGCUGAGGUUGACCACACAGGACUUCUGUGAAUACCUUCUGCAGGCUGAGGACAGAGAGGACAUGCUGGAGUGGAUCAGAGUCAUCGGAGAGAACAGCAAGACUGACAACGAGGAAUUGGGUUUUUCACGACAGGCUCUCAUCAGUAAGAAGCUUAAUGACUACAGGAAGCAAAGUCCAACGGGUAAUAAGAUAGACUCCUCACCCAGGGUGCCUCGAAUGACGUUUCUGCUUAGUAAACAAGACAACGGCAUAGCACCUCCACCAAAACACGAUGCCAAAGAUGAGAGUAGCCCUCCUAAAUCUCCAUGGGGCAUAAACAUAAUGAAGAAGGCCAAGAAGGCAAGUCCUAAAGCUUUUGGGGUACGGCUAGAAGACUGCCAGCCCGCUACCAAUAACAAGUUUAUCCCCCAGAUUGUGGAGAUCUGCUGCGGGUUGGUGGAACACAUGGGGCUUGAGUAUACAGGGAUCUACAGAGUGCCAGGAAACAAUGCUGUAGUGUCCAGUCUGCAGGAACAGCUCAAUAAAGGAGUUGAUAUCAACACUGCUGAGGAGAAAUGGCAGGACCUGAAUGUAGUCAGCAGCCUGCUGAAGUCCUUUUUUCGUAAACUUCCAGAACCCCUCUUCACAGAUGACAAAUACAUUGACUUUAUUGAGGCCAAUCGCUUGGUGAAUGCCAGUGAUAGACUUAUGACGAUGAAGAAACUGAUCUGUGAUCUACCAGAUCAUUACUUCCACACUUUAAAGUUUCUAGUCGGACACCUAAAGACUGUGGCAGACCACUCUGACAAGAACAAGAUGGAGCCACGUAAUUUGGCGCUGGUGUUUGGCCCUACUCUUGUACGGACCUCAGAAGACAACAUGACAGACAUGGUUACCCACAUGCCUGACCGCUACAAGAUUGUGGAGACACUCAUUCAACAUUAUGUCUGGUUUUUUAGUGAAGAACAUGAAAAGGAUGAAAAGACGCCAGUGGACACAGAGGAUGUUCAGCCUGCCCCCAAUAUAGAUCACCUCCUCUCUAACAUUGGCAGGACAGGCUUGCUUGGGGAAUCGUCAGACUCAACCAACAGUGAUUCUGCAAAAUCUAAGGAGUCAUGGGGUUCAAAACGUGACUUUACUGCCAAAGAUAUCCUGACAUUGUCCGUUAUGUCGGCUGUGACAUGGAAACGCAGAAAACGGCAUAACGCCCGCCUCCUGGGCAGCAGCCCAGAUGACGAAUUUGAGCAUGAGCCAGUUAAAUAUUGUCCCUUCGAAAAAGACGACUUGCAAGAGAUGGGGCAAGUGGUAUCCUUCUGUGCCCCACGAGCAGAGGAAGAGGAGGAUGUUGAAGAGGAAGAGGAAGAGGAGGAGGGAGAAAGACAGACAGCACAAGAGCAGGAAGAGGAGGAAGUAGUUCCCAGCAUAUCCUCCACGGAGGAAGCACCACCAGUCAUGCUGCUAGAAGAGGAAGAAGAGCACAGGUCAGAAGUGAAGGGACGCAGUUGGCGAGGAGACGAUGCACGUUCCAUUGUGUCAGGUUACUCGAGUCUGUCCACGCUGGGGCGGAGCUUAGUAUCAGAGGGGCGGUGCGAAGAUGCAGACGAUGAGCACAGUGAACUGGUGAGUGAAACUGAUAAUGAAAGUGGCUUCGCCUCAAGCUCCCUCACCCAGGAGCGUCCGGAGAAAACAGACUGUUCCAUCCUAAACUCGAAGACAUCACCUGAACCAACCAUGCCACGCAGUUUUCUCUAUUCGCACUGCAAAUCGACCUCUGCUACCACUGGCUCCACCCCUGCUCCACCUCCUUCCACGAUCCACAUUAAUCCUUACCCAGAAGAUACAACUUCUAAUGGAGCAGUACACUCAUCCACUCCCUCCAGCUCCACUUACUCAUCGUCUGCUUCCCAGCGCCUCCACGGCCGCAACUCCUUUAACUCACACCGCCUCAUACAGUGUGACACCCUCGCCCGACACCGGCUAAAGGGAGACAAAGCCAAAGUGACCUCUGUGGACCUCUCAGAUCUUUACAGCUCCUCCAUAAUGGAAGGCGAGCAGCGACCCAAUCUGACUAAAACACAGGGCUCCAUCCCUGAGUCCUCUCCAUCAGCUUCUUCAAGUUCCAAAUCCUUCAAAGGGGUUAGUGUGAGAAAUGAGUGUGCUCCAACAUCUGCAGCUGUGUCUGGAAGUAAGAGCUGCUCUGUGUCUCCUAGGCAGGAUUCCCUGGCAGAUCAGGUACAGGCUCGAUUGCUGGGCUCAGCCAAUGACUUGCGCAGCAUUGGCCUGAGGAAGCAGCUAUCGCCAGAGACGCGCAGAAAGAGACGUGCGUGGAGGCGGCACACUGUGGUUGGCUCCCCCACAGAUUGUUCUGACAAGAAAGUUGCCCUUGCUGCUGCUCACUCUACUAGCAACAAAAUCCUCCCAACAAUAUCCCCCAAACCACUAGCUUCACCAACCCCUGCUGAAAGUCAAGACAUUAGAGAGUCCCACCCCAAGAGCUCAGAGACAAAAGCCCUCACUGUACGUCAGGCCCCACCUACCUCUCGCUUCCGUGAUUUCUUGUAACAAUGACAAAUGACUGUAUGUACAGGCUAGUGAACCAAGAGAGCUGGAUUUGGCCUUUGUUGUAGCUGUGUCUUCAAAAUAUGUUACACUUUCUGUCUUCAAAGUCCUAGUCCUGGAGAACCCCAGCAAUGCACUUUUGCAUGGAUCCCAUGGUGUUUUGCAUGGUGUGUCAAAUAAGGUUCUUCAGGACCAGGAUUAUAUAAAUAGUCUCACUCAGAAUCUUUUCUCUGAAUCUCAGCCAAAGGUCAAAGUCUAAAGAUACCCCAUUUCGAUUUUGAAAAAAUGUGUAGUUACUCACUUUGGCCUUUUCCAUUUAAUACAGUAUCCAGCUGUAUCAGGAAGUGGAUCACAUGUGCUCCAUUGUCAGUGCUCAAAUUUGUUUCAUUGCCAAUGGUCGUGGUCACUCAUGUUGCCUUAAAUCACCAACUCUUAUUGAAAUUGAGUGACUUACAGCCACUUUGUCACCACUUUAGUGCUGUCAGUGUGAAUUCCCUGAUAAGUUGGAGAAUACAGAAUACAAACUAUGGUUACUCAAGACUAAUUUAAGCAUUGCUUGUUCAAAGUUAUAUUUACAAUUAUCUUAUUCAAACCUAAUGCUUUUCAAUGUUGCCAAAGUUUUCUUAAUUUUCUUUCUUCAGUGUUUUUCUUCUUCCUUUACUUGGCCAGUCACAUGACAUCAUUUUGGUCUUUAUGUUACUGCCAAGACACUUGCGACUCACAUGUCAUGGAGUGCUUUCGUUUUUAUUUAGUUUUUUUGUUUUUUCAAAUUUUUUAAAUGUCUCAAACAAAGCAGACAAACUAAUUCUCAAAACGUGAUGGUACAGUAUUGGUUAAACAGUGUUAGCAAACAGGAUUAGUGUUGAUACUGACAGUAUAGCAGUUGUAACACAGGCCACUGACUUUGUGCAUAAAUCUACAAGAAACUUGAACGCUACAUUAAAUACCAUAAGAGGCAAUGUGGUAUGUUCAACUUAACAUAUAUUCAUUUAUAAUGAGAAACAAUUAAUUGGUGAAAUCACUUCAUAUGGGUGUGUAUGUGUGUCUGAAAUUGCCUGUGUAAAGAAUAGAAUCCUUUAUUGUGGUCACACAUUAUACACACAGUUUUUUUGCAUAUAUACAGUGAAAUUUAUUUGUUUUCACAUAUCCCAGCUAAGCUGGGGUCAGAGUGCAGUACAGUAUGUGGUUGAGUAUGUAUGUGUCAAACUAUUUUGUAACAUUUGUACAAAGCCUUGCUUAAGUUAACCUUGUAAAUACACAUAUAUUAUAUUAUCAUUCCUUUUUUGCUUAAUUUAGUUUUUAUAUGGUUUACAAAAGUGCACCUUUGUGCAUGGUCAUUUUCUUUCAAGAUGCCACUUCAAAUGUUUUUUCUUAAUGUUUUUGUUUGUUUGUUUGAUACACAGUAUAUAUUGUACAUAUAUUUUGUAUGAAUAUAAUAUGUACUUUUAUUUGGAAAUCUAGGGGUGUAGCUCUUUUAACUCCACUCCCCUGUUAAUGGCCUUUCUCUGUGACUUACAAAUACUAUGCAGAAAUCUAUACAACUCAAUGCAAAGAAAAGAGAUCUAACCUGCAAAGAGUGUCUGUCACAAGCUAUAAUAAAUUCUUAUUG